AUGGACAUUGAAAGUAAACAGGUGGCCCAGCAGAGCCAGGUAGACAGGAACAACAACAAACAUGGGAUUGGAGACUCUACAGAUACGAGAAGAAGUGAUCCGGAUCAAGGUCACUUCCAUGGUGCGAAUCCUCAAAACAGUGUAGAAGCUGCUUGGAACGAGGAAUUCCUAGUCACCUUCAACUCUGAUGACCUUGAGAACCCCUUGAAUUGGUCCAGAAAUCUGAAAUGGGGAGUCACUGCAGCUGUACCUGGGACCGGGUUAGUCCGCAUCAUGAUCUCAACGAUGAUGGCGCCUGCCGCCUAUCCCGAGCACGUUAGUUUGGCAUCCGCUGCCACUCAGGUGCUCCGGAGCCUGCUAGUCUUCGCAUUUCCGCUGUUCGCUGAGCCUCUUUACAGCUCGCUGGGAUACGGCUGGGGGGAAUAG